AAGAGACAGGAGGAGGAGGAGGAGGUGACUCUCGAGCGGCUGCGCUUCAGACUCAGCGAGAGGAUCAUGGCGGAUGGCCCCAGGUGUAAGCGCAGAAAACAGGCGAACCCGAAGAGGAGCAGCGUGACAGACUUCAACAAUGGCUUGGAGGCCAGUUCAGACUCUGAUGACGAGGACAAGCUACACAUCGUGGAGGAGGACAGCCUGCAAGAGCCUGAGGUCGCCAGCGCUGACGGGACCAAAACGCAGGACAGCCAUGACGCCGCCACCGCCACCGCCACCACAACAGUAUUACCCCACAACGGCUCCUUGAACGGAGUGAAGGAGGAGUAUGUGUCAGAAGAGGAAGAGGAGGCUGAGACAGAUACUCUAGUAGAUGAGAUUCUCCAGCAGGGAGACACAGCCGUCAUCUAUCCCGAAGCCCCUGAGGAUGAGCAGAGUCCAGCAGAGACGGGAGGAGCUGAUGAAAACGGCACGCCAGAUUCCUUCUCCCAGUUGCACACUUGCCCCUACUGCUCCCGGGGCUACAAGCGCAACGCCUCGCUGAAGGAGCACAUCAAGUAUCGCCACGAGACCAGCGAGGACAACUACAGCUGCUCGCACUGCAGCUACACCUUCACCUACCGCUCGCAGCUGGAGAGGCACAUGAGCCACCACAGGGGCACCAGGGAGCAGCGUCACGUUUCCCAGUCGACAGGUGGAUCAGGAGGAACAGGUGGAACCCGCAAGUUCAAGUGCACCGAAUGCUCCAAGGCCUUCAAGUACAAACACCACCUGAAGGAGCACCUGCGCAUUCACAGCGGUGAGAAGCCGUAUGAAUGCUCAAACUGCAAGAAGCGAUUCUCCCACUCAGGCUCCUACAGCUCCCACAUCAGCAGUAAGAAGUGUGUGGGUGCAGCACCUCCCAAUGGCGUCCCUCGAACGUCGAUCAAAUCCCCCCCACCCACCACCCAGACCGCACCAGUCGUAAUAGCUCCGGCCCGCGUGAUUCUUAAAGAGAAGACUGAAAGCAAACCCCUCCAGGAGCAGCUCCCCGUCACCCAGAUCAAAUCUGAACCUGUGGAAUACGAGUGCAAGCCUGUGAUGGCGGCACCGGCAACUUCAGCUGGUACCAACGGAGUGGUGAACGGAGGGACGGCACAGCCAGCUGUGGUUCCAACUACAACCCUGCCUCAGGGUGUGGCUAUGGUCGUACCAACAGUCGGCCUCAUGUCGCCCAUCAGCAUCAAUCUGAACGACUUGCAGAAUGUGCUCAAGGUGGCGAUGGACGGAAACGUGCUCAGGCAGGUGCUGGGCACGGCAAACGGGGUGGUGACGCAGGGGAAGCACGGAAUUGUAGUCCAGCAGCCCCAGCAGCAGAUCAUCAGCCUGCCGGCCUUUGUGGAUCACGACGGCACCACGAAGAUCAUCAUCAACUACAGCAUCAGCCCUGCAGCCGCCACCACUGCCACUACCCAGCCUGCACCGCUUUUUGCCAAAACCAUUUCUGUUCCCCCUCCAACUUUCACCACUGCUGCAGCCCCUACCCCCACCAAGACAGAUAGACCCUCAACCCCAGAGGUGACCGACCUCUCCAUUGUAAAGGCAGAGCCAGAAUCCUUGGCAAUCACAGACAUGGAGACAGAGGCAGUUACACAGACACAAAUGACUUCAGACCCCCCAACAGCUCAGAUGCCAAAAGUCAACAGCACCAGUACAUGUUUACUAUGCGAUGACUGUCCCGACAACCUGGAGGCGUUACACCUCCUCCAGCACCGCAAAGCAGCCAACGGGGAGGCCGUUGACUCCGCCGCUUUGGACCCCUCAUUCGCUGCUCUGCUAAGCGAGGCGGGGGUGACGUUGGAGGAGCCACCUGUGGACGACCUCCUCUCACUCCUCAAGACCUACUUCGCCUCCAAUGCCAACCCCAGCGAGGUGGAGCUGACAAAGAUCUCAGAGUCUGUCAGUAUUCCCGUGAAUGUGGUCAGAAAGUGGUUUGCAAAGAUGAACUCUGGGAAAAAUGUGGGCAAAUACCGCAAUAAAGCUACAGCGGUUUGCAAAAAGACUGAAAACACAAAUUCCAGCUCAGAGGACUUCUCGAAUCAGAAUGGAGAGGCAGAGGAAGACGGCUCCCAAGAAACAUCCAACAAAGCCUCAUCAGAAUCUGGCAGUGCUUCUCCCUCAGACUCUUCACCACUAAGCCUCAACGCCGAGGACCUCGUCAUCGUUAAGAGCGAGCCAGAAGACCAUGACAUCACGGACUCCCAGGCCGAACCGCUAGACCUCUCCCUUCCUAAACAUAUCGCAGCAGCAUUGGAAACGACCACGCCUCCCAUCAAGCUGCAGGAACAGCCCCUGAACCUGACCUGCCUGAGGAAGGAGCAGCUGGAGGGUCGAACCAUCUACAUCACCACGCCUCAGACCGGAAGAUCUGUCAACAUCGUCACUGCCGCACAGCUGCCCACAUUAGUGGCCAUCGCUGGUCAGGGCACGGUGGGCUGUCUCAGCGCCAUUAACACCACGACGAAACGCACCAUUCUCAUCCCCCAGCUAACCUACACCUACGCCACUACGGCCGGCAACGCCACUGGAGCAAAGACUGUCGUACUGAACGGCCAUAAGCAGGAGAAGAAGUUGGACAGCAGCUCUGAUGGCGUCUCCACAGUGGAGGAGCAGAAUGACUCAGAUCCGGCCACACUGAUGAAGAAGCGACGGCUGGAAAAUGGCGUCUACCCGUGUGACCUUUGCUCCAAAGUCUUCCAGAAGGGCAGCUCCCUGCUCAGGCACAAAUAUGAACACACAGGAAAACGGCCGCACGAGUGCAACAUCUGCAAGAAGGCCUUCAAACACAAACACCACCUGAUCGAGCACUCGAGGCUGCACUCCGGAGAGAAACCUUACCAGUGUGAUAAGUGUGGGAAGCGUUUCUCUCACUCUGGCUCGUACUCCCAGCACAUGAACCACCGCUACUCCUACUGCAAGAAGGACGGACCAAGCUCUGGCUCCGGUUUGGAGCCACGCGAGGUUCAGACGGAGAUCGGCAGCCCCGGCACCGGUCUGCAGUCGGACAGUCGGACCACGACCCCGCCCUCCCAACUGGACUCAGACGAGAGGGAGAGUGAGGAAGAGGACGACGACGACGAGGCCAUCUGUAUGGACGACAUCCGGGUCGUGCAGGUGGACGACGGCGAGUGCGAGAUCUACGAGGGUAACUUUGAGGACGAUGACGACGAUGACGAGGAGGGAGAGGAGAUUGUGGAGGAAGACGCGACAGGAGAGGAAGAGGCAGAGGAAGAGAAGGUGGACGAGGAGGUCGUUUGCGAUGUGAUGGAAGUCGAGGUGGGGGAUGAUCACAUGGAGGACGAAGAGAUGGAGGAAACAACUGAAGAGAAGGAGGAACCGGCAAGUGCGGAUACAGAGGAAACUGCAGACUGUGAAGCGAAUACGGACAAAAGCAUCAGGGACAGGUCAGACAGCGCCGAACCCAUAGAGGACGAGGUGACAAACGCCAAAUAGAGGAUGGGAAAUCUCUUCGGGACAGCUCGAAUGCCUCGCUUAUUGAAGUCGAGUUGAUUAAGACAAAACCGCAGAAAAGUCAAGUAAGUCGGGGCGGUUGCCUGAUCUUAACGGUCCACUACUGUGUACAAAAACCCAGGUGUGCCUGAACUUGAAAAAAGAAAAAAGAAAAACAAAACAAUGACUUUUUUUUUUUCUUGUGGAAAUGAAAUAUCAGUGUUAAAAAUUGUUUAUAGGAGUACAGAUUUUAAAGCAGAACUCACCCAUCAACUUGUUAGACUUGUUACUGAGACAUCCCAGGUUGUUUUAUUGUUUGUUUGAUUUCAUUUGGUCAGUGUUACUAACCUUGUUCUUGUUUGAAAACAUUUUACCCUGUAAAGAUGAGAAAGAAAAUUUCUAUACCUUUUUAUUGCCAAUGAAGUUUCCUAAAUCAGUAUUUUAUUGAGUUCUACGAACAAAAACCUCUGCACUACAGUAUUCCUGGUUUACCUAUGGAUACAUGCCUCAUGCAUUGUAUGCCCUUCAGUGUUAUAUACGUACUCUAGCUAGCGGGAUGUUGUUUGUGUUUAGUGUUAGUCUUUGCUAGCUAGCGUUACUUUUUGUUUUCAGUUUGACUGUUAGCCUUAAGGAAAACAAAGUAUUCUUGGGGAGGGUUGUGGGCGGGAUGGGGAGUCCGGGAUGAGAAGGUGGCUCCUGUACGCCAUAACCAAAUUUGUCCAAUCAGGGAAGGUGGAGUCACAACCUUAAAGCCAGCAUCAGGGCGCCUAUGUUUAGCAGCCUGGCGUAGCCUGCACGGGUGGAGUCUCCAGGUGAAGAUUCAAAAGCAGACUCCCACCUUGCCGGGCUCAACUGUGGUUCCAGAAACACAUGCGCCCAUUCUUACCAAGCUUCUCCUUAAUUUGGUUGACUUUAGUUCUGAGUCCGUGUUUCAGUGUUAUUAGCUUAUAUAUGAAGUCAUACUGUAUGUGAAGGAACAGGGCUGUUCCCUGCUCCACCCCAAUGCCUCCAGCCUUAUGCAAGACCUGUGUGCUGUUAAAAGUGCCAUUGAACAGUGUUAUUAUUUCUUCUUCACACAUGUAGCCAGUAUUAUUGCCCUCUGUUACUAACACGAGACCCAUAUUGACUAAUGUUUGUCGACUUGCACAGAACAGCUCAUUUGUCACAAUUACUGAAACAUGCUUCCUGUGAAAUUAAUUGGAAUAUAUUAAGUCUAUAAAAUGACAGAAAAUUGUGUAAAAGGAACAAUUUAAUAUCUGAGAGCCCAAGAUGGGGCCUUCAGAUGUUUUGUUGUGUCUGAACAAAAAUCUAAAACCCAAAGAUAUUCAGUUCACAAUGAUAAAAGGAAACUGAGAAAAGCAGCAAAUUAAAUUAAAUGUUUGGCAUUUUUGUUUGAAAAGUAAUAUCAGUUUUCAAAAAAAGCUUCUGCUUAUUUUUGCAGAUCGACUAACUACUAAUUGUUUCAGUUCUGCAUAGUAUAUCUUUAAAAAAUGCUUUUGGUCCUGAUACCGAUAGUUGCAUAUUUUAUGAGACUUUUAAAGACUUCAAUAUUUGCUGUUUUCAGUUAUGGCUCAGUUGACGGUCCUAUUUGCUCUACAGUGUCCAAAAUCUUUAAAUUGAAGUUCAAAAGUAAAAACAAAACAAUGUUUCGAGCCGAGGAAUGUGUGGGAACCAUUGAUAAAUACAGUCCAGACUGAGCUUACCUGUAGAUAUGAAUUGCCCUGUAAACUCGCUGAUGUUAAAAGUUUUUUGUUUUUUUUAAAUGCAAGUUAAUAUGUUGGACUUUAUGUCACAAGUCAGAGUUUUAAAAAUGUUUACAUACGUGUUUAAAAACAGAAAAUGUUCUUUUAAGGUAGAUUGAAGUAUUUAAAGCUAAAAAAAAACAUGCAGGGAAUGUUAUCCAACUCGGGAAGAAAUCAGAAAUAUACAAAACCAAGAUUCAAAUAAAAUGGAGACAGAAGGAUCUUAAAUUCAGCCGAACUCAUGCACUUGUUUUCAGAUAGUAAAAAAAAAAAGAGAGAAAAAUUGUGACGAGCUGUCCGGCACUUCAGGUAACAAACGUUAGUGAAUGUGGUCUCUGUCGAAGUGUUUUCAGUUGGUUUUACCGAACAGUGUUUAUAAUAUUAGUCUGUUUUAAUUGUUUUGUUUUUAUGUGUGUCCUCUGUAUGUUUUUUCAACAAUGGCAGUAUUAGAACCCUUUUCACAGAUUAAAAAAAAAUGUACCUGUUUAGUUUUUAGAAGACUUUUUUAUAUUUAUGUGUCUUAUUUUUAUAUUUUCUUUUAUGGUUAUUUAUUACACAUUGUAGUGUACAUUACUGUAGUUUGAAUUGAUACAAUAAUAUAUUUUAGUAUGAAAAAUAAUCUCAAGACAAACAAAAAAACACCCAAAAUGUGGUUCUGGGAGCUGAAGUUUGUUUUAACAAAAAAAAAAAAAAAACAUAAAAAGAUAAAACAUGUAUUCUGUAAACAUGACUUCUGUUUUAAGCUAAAAAAAAAAGAAAGAAAAAGACCGGAAUGAAGUGAGAAAUAGAAACUGUUACAUGUGCAUCCGCUCUUUGCGUCGUUAUGAAGCUACUGAAUUCUAAAACUCUGUGAUUUUAAAAGCAUGAGUCGUUGCCGUUUUAAUGAAGGAUCUUGUUAUGAAGCCUCCCUUUUUAUUUCGAAGCCAAAUUUAGAUCGUCCCGCCACCCUGUUUUCUGUUCUGUGCCAACUUGUUCCAUUGUACUGUCGAAGGCUGCAUAUCGUUUGUUCUGUCCUCACCCUUUGUAAAUCCACUGUCUUUUUGUAUUGUUUUUAUCUUAGUUUUGCUCCAUUUUUAUGACUCCCCAUCACAAUAAAAUAUAAGACAGCA